AUGAGUGCAAACGCUAGUUCAAAAGUAUUUAGUAUUGAAGGCAAAGGGUUGAAACUAGACACCGCGGAAGAUGUUCAGGAAUUUGUGACUUCAAUAUUGGAAAUUGAAAAUUUGGAACAAGUAACAUUGAGCGGAAACACUUUCGGUGUUGAAGCAGCGCAAGCUAUUGCCGGAGCACUUAAAAAAAAAAAUACUAUUAAGAUCGUUAAUGCGUCAGAUAUAUUUACAAGUAGACUUCGAGAAGAAAUUCCACGUGCCGUUAAAGCAAUUUGUGACGCGCUUGAAGAUAAAGAACAACUUGAAGAACUUAAUUUUAGCGAUAAUGCGUUUGGUCCCGCGGGAGCUGAACCAAUGGUUGAUUUUCUUACUAAUAAUCGAUGGUUACGGGUUUUAAAACUUAAUAAUAAUGGGCUUGGAGUACGUGGUGGUAUUCUAAUUGGUAAAGCACUACUAGCUGCGGCUGACAAAAAUGUCUCGGAAGGACGCACAUCGUCUCUAAGAACCAUUAUUGCUGGCCGUAACCGAUUGGAGGAUGGGUCUAGUCAGGCCCUUGCCAAUGCAAUUGCCGCUCACGGAACAUUGACCGAAGUUCGUAUACCUCAAAAUGGUAUCCGUCCUGACGGUAUUAUUACCUUAUCAAAAGGGUUGGCAGUAUGUAAAGACUUAGAAAUUCUUGAUCUUCAAGAUAAUACAUUUACAGAGACUGGUUCUAUGGAUUUUUCCAAAGCACUCGUUGAAUGGCCAAACUUGAAGGUUUUAAAUGUUGGAGAUUGCUUGUUAUCAACAAAAGGUGGAAUAACUUUUGCGGAAGCUCUUUCAUUAGGUCACAACAAAAAACUCGAAACGCUUAACCUUCAAUACAAUGAAUUGGAUAGUGAAGCUAUGAAAAUAUUGGCGACCGCCAUUUCUACACAUCUUAAAAAUCUAUCUGCAUUGGAAUUGAAUGGUAACAUCGUCAACCCGAAAGAUAUUUCUAUUAGAAACGUAAUAUCUGCCUUGGAAGAAAAUGGUCACGCGGACGCAUUAGGCGAGUUAGACGAUAUGGAAUUCUCCGAUGAAGAGGAGGAGGAAGAACUUGAAGAAGAUACUGAAGAGAUGGAAAAAUCUCCUGAAAAAGGAAAUAAAGAAGAAGUCUUGGUAGAGGCAAAAAUUGAGUCACAAUUAAAAAUUCAAAAACUCGAAAAACAUUCUAUCGAAGCGAAGUCUGCACAAGAAGGUGAGGCGCGGGAAAUUAAAAAAGAUCAAGAAACUCCAUCGACAAAUAGCGAACGUCAAGUAAAAGAACUUACAGAACGUAUUUCAAAGGUUCAAAAGUCUUAA